GAGGAGUUCAGUAUACAGCUCCAACUUUAAAUGACAUUUAUCGCUAAAUUAGCUUACCAUAAGCCAAAACAUCAUCAUAAUUACAUAAAAUAAUAUAGAAGCAGACUUAUGAGACAAAAUGAGAGACCCUGAUUCUCAUAAUCUCAUCUCUCAGGACACUUUUUCAGAGUUGAUGGCACAACUCAAUGAUGCAACAGAGAACGGAAACUUCACACGUCUUAACGAUAAUAUUCAACUGGACUUUGGGGAUGAUGAAGUUAAGACAACAUUCCAGAUUGAAAAGUUUAUCAUUUCGGGAACUGGCAGAAGUACGGUAUAUACAACAAUGGUGAGACAAAAGAAGCUUGCUGAAGUAGAUGGCCUAGCAUUUACCAUAGUCAUUGGACCAACACCUAUUGCAUGGCAGAAAGGAGUGGGAGAUGCAGGCCUCUAGGAAAAGGAUU